UUGCUUUUCCGGCCAGGCGCCACAUCCACAUUGCAGAGCUCCCUCUGGAGUCGAUUUGGAGGUCGCACACCCUCGCAGACCCAUCGAUGCCCACUCCGGGCAGGGCAGGAUCGCGCACCUGGCGGGUGCCCAGCGCGCUCGCCACACCGCCCCAGGUGGCGCAGACCUGGGGAAGCGGGCGGGAUCCCAGGGCGGUGGCUCCUGGCCGGGCGCUCCGCCCCCCCCGACAUUAUCCGACUUUCCGGACCGAGUGGCUGAGCGUCGGCAGAGCGCCUCUCCAGGGUCCCCGAUCCCCAAGGAGUCUCUGCUUUCCCUGCAGCAGCCAGUAAACCAUGGCAACCACUCCUGCUGCUGCUUUUGAAGCCCUCAUGAAUGGAGUGACAAACUGGGAUUUGCCCACAGGUCCAGUGCCCAGUGAACUCCUUCUUAUUGGAGAAGCCGCCUUCCCAGUGAUGGUAAAUGGCAAGGGCCAAGUGCUCAUUGCUGCCUCCUCCUAUGGCCAAGGCCGCCUUGUGGUCGUGGCCCACGAGGCAUACCUGAUGCACCCUCCCUUGGCACCAUUUCUUGUCAAUGCAGUACACUGGCUGUGCCCCUUCUUGGGGGCCCCUAUUGAAGUGAACCCCUCUGUGGAAUCACUGGUAAAAAUCCUGCAGGACUCUGGGGUUGAGGCUCAGGUUGGGUUGGAACCCCGAGAGUCCCUGGGGGUUUACUGCAUCAAUGCCUACAAUGACAGCAUGGCUGAGAAGUUGAUCCAGUUUGUGAAGCGAGGAGGGGGUGUGCUCAUUGGGGGCCAGGCCUGGUACUGGGCCAGUCAGCAUGGCCGUGAUAGGAUGCUGUCCAAGUUCCCUGGGAACCAAAUGACAAGCGUGGCUGGAGUGUACUUCACUGACAUCUACGGAGACUGUAACCGCUUCAAAGUAUCUAAGAAGGUGCCCAAGAUCCCACUCCAUGUCAGGUGUGGGGAGGAUUUCAAGAAGGACCAGCAGCAGCUUCUGGAAGGAAUCUCAGAACUAGACAUCAGGACCGGGGGAGUUCCCUCCCAGCUGCUUGUGCAUGGGGCCCUGGCUUUCCCUUUGGGACUCAAUGACUCUCUUGGCUGUUUCCUAGCUGCUGCUCACUACGGCCGUGGCCGGGUUGUCCUCGGUGCCCAUGAGAGCAUGCUCUGUGCUCCCAAGCUGGGGCCCUUUCUGAUCAAUGCUGUUGGCUGGCUGGCCCAAGGCCACACAGGCAAAAUUGGGGUAAACUCAAGGCUAAAAAAUCUGUGUCCACUACUGUCAGAGCAUAGUUUGGAAUGCAUCUUAGAGUCCCAUCCAACUAGGGAUAUGAGUGUCUACUGCUGUGCGGCUUAUAAUGACAAGGACGCUAAGGAGCUGCAGGAGUUUGUGGCUGAGGGUGGAGGUUUGCUAACUGGGGGCCAGGCUUGGUGGUGGGCUUCCCAGAACUCAGGUCAAUCUGCUUUAGCCAGUUUUCCUGGUAAUGUCAUCCUGAACUGCUUUGGCCUCAGCAUCCUGGCUCAGUCUCUCAGCCCUGGCUGUUUUCCCAUCCCAAGUCCAGAAAUGAGGAGCUAUCACUUCCGAAAGAUGUUGUCUGAAUUUCAGGUUGCAUUGGACCAUGGGGGCAGGAACCUAGAAAAGAGCUUCCUAACUAAGUUGGGAGUAGACAGUGCAGCUUUCCUACAGAUUCCUGCUGAGGGUGUCCCUGCUUAUGCAUCUUUGCACCGGCUCCUGAAGAAGAUGUUGAAUCGCUCAGGCCUCCCAGCUGUAAGCAAGAAAAAUCCAGUUGCUAGUGGCUCCUGUGAAGCCACAAUGCUCUGUCUGGCCACAGAGCUGGCACACUCUGGUACUGACUGCUCCCACUUGGCCCAGAAGCUUGGCACUUGCUCCUCAAGGCUACAACCCUUGGAACACCCCAUCACUGUGGAGAUCAAUGGAACCAACCCAGGCAAUAGUGAUUCAUGGCUGAGUACUGGGCUGUACCUCCUUGAAGCACAAAAUGCGGAAGUCUCGCUGUCUGAAGUUGCUGCCUCUGCUGGCCUAAAGGUACAAAUUGGCUGUCAUACUGAUAACCUGUCCAAUGCCAAAAAGCUGUUACGAGCCCCUGUGGUGACUCACCGAUGCUGUAUGGAUAGGACCAAGAGAUCAGUCUCCUGCCUCUGGGGUGGCCUUCUUUAUGUCAUCGUGCCCAAGGGUAGCAACCUUGGCCCUGUGUCUUUGACCAUCAGUAAAGCAGUGCCUGCCCCAUACUACAAGCUGGGUAAAACAUCCAGGGAGGAGUGGAGAUGCUGUCUGCAGGGGAACCCGGCUCCCUGGGGAGAGUUGGCCACAGACAACAUCAUCCUGACAGUGCCGACUGCAGAGCUGCAGGCCCUGAAGGAUCCCGAGCCCCUGCUCCGCCUCUGGGAUGAGAUGAUGCGGGCUGUGGCCAGGCUGGCGGCCCAGCCCUUCCCUUUCUGCAGACCCGAGAGGAUUGUUGCUGACGUGCAGAUCUCAGCUGGCUGGAUGCACUCAGGAUACCCCAUCAUGUGCCACCUGGAGUCUGUGCAGGAACUCCUUAAUGAGUCAGGCAUGAGAAGCAAAGGUCUGUGGGGAGCCAUCCACGAGCUGGGCCACAACCAGCAGCGGCAUGGCUGGGAGUUCCCCCCACACACCACUGAGGCCACCUGCAACCUCUGGUCAGUCUAUGUGCAUGAAACAGUGCUGGGGAUCCCCAGGGCUCGGGCCCACCCUGCUUUGAGACCUCCCGAACGAGAGAAGAGGAUUCAAGCACACCUGAGAAAGGGAGCUCCCCUUUGUGACUGGAGUGUGUGGACUGCUCUGGAAACAUAUCUGCAGCUCCAGGAGGCCUUUGGGUGGGAGCCAUUCACCCAACUAUUUGCUGACUACCAGACUCUCUCAGGCCUUCCCACAGACAAUGCUGGCAAGAUGAAUCUAUGGAUGAAGAAGUUCUCUGAAAAAGUGCAGAAGAAUCUGGUUCCAUUCUUUAAAGCCUGGGGCUGGCCCAUCCAGAAGCAAGUGGCUGAUGGUCUGGCCCAUCUGCCUCCCUGGCAGGAAAAUCCUAUGAGUGUAAUGGUGGUUCCUUAAGUUUUGAGUCGGAGGGAGAAGGGGAGUGAUCAUUCUGUUAACAACGGCAUUGUGACCAGCCUGGGAAGAUCAUCACCUUGAUGCUGAAUCCUGCUUCUUAGCCUGACUUCAGAACAGCAGUGAAGGUCCUGAAACAAAACAGGGACAACUUUGUGCAGAACUUGUCCUUGUACAUCUGUUUACCAUUUCUGCUUCUAUGGGAACCUUCAAAAAACCACAUGAAAAAAAAUGUGUGCUAUCAAAAGUCUAUGCCUAUGUUUCAAAAUCUUGUACUAAGGAAGUUUAAUCUUUUAGUUCCCUUUUCCACAAAAUGAAAUACCCUUGAAGUGGAGGGAGCCCUGGACUAGCCUUGGUUCUAUGGAAAAUUGCUUAUGCUCUCUAUUUUUGUAUUUUUCCCAAAAUAAAUGAAUGAAUAUUGCUUGAUAAUCAUGAUCAUGCUUCUGC